UCUCUGCCUUUCCUUGGAAGGUACGGUUGAUCGAACUGUUGGGGCUUCCUGUGGGAAGUAAACGUUGGCCAAUGGGUGAUUUAGUUAAACCCUUUAAUCGGCUUAAGGCAAUGUGAGCACAUCUUUACAUUUGCAAAAACCGCCACCCAAGACUAUUAUAUCAUGGUAUUAGUGUCAAUAAUAUUGUUGGAAGUACCGAGAAGUUGUGCAAUAUCUCACUAAGCACGCCCUUUUGUGUAUAAUUAUACAUCAACAUUCUAUACCGUGGAAAUGAACCUUGCAAGUAUUUGUUGUUAGGAGAACGCAUCAGUACGGCACUAUACCAACAAAUAAUAAUAAUUAUCAUCACGUGGGAAUUCCCAAGUCUGUUUGGGAUGGGACAAAGAUGCAAUCCCGCAUUGAAGUCUUUUUAUGAAGGUUCGCUCUCAUUUAAUUUUGCAUUUAAUAUGAAGCUUUUCUUGUCAUAUCUAAUUAAUAGAAAAAAAAAACUUUCUAUUAUUUUAUUGUUUCAAAUGUUAGGACACUUCAAAAAAAUGGAACAUUAAUGAAAAAAUAUUAGACUGUGUCCAGACAUCGAACUACAUAUUAUGAAACUUAUAAAAAGCAUUACUUUUGAUUACAAUGUUGGCCGAAAUUUUAAACGUUUUUUAAGAUAUGAGCUCUUCUACAAUUCAGCUUUAUAUGUUCAUGUGUUUAAUUAUAAUAAUAAUUAUUAUUGAACGCAGCUUGAAGUUGGAAUAAAAAAAGUUGAAUUUUCAUUUAGUCCAGUCAAUAACGUAGAACUUAACUACAAGCCUGUUUCGGUGGUAAAAUCGAAUAUCGCAACUUAUUAGUAACUUUGAAUGAGCAGCAACCCAGAAAUUGUGGUUAGCAAGAGUGAAAUAGCUUUAAUUAUUACCGUUCGUAUUUCAAUUUUUUUAAAUUUAUUGACACAAAGAACUAUAAACUAAAAUUAUUGCUGUACUUCCUAAGAGAUGUUAGCCAUGCAUUCUUCAAUGACUUAUCCUUCAUAUACUAUCUCCAUCCCCGUAUCAAUUGUAAGCAAUUUGCUGAUCAUCAACGACGUGGUUCGUGGAGCGUAGCGUUGAUCAUCACUUAACGAACAACAAAUCCGCCUCACGAACGAACGCGUACAAGUAUGCAAACACGGCGCAUACGCACACCAACCGAAUAGUGGCCGUUUCAUCUCGUACGCCAAACAAACAACGACGACAGGUUCGUCUGUGUCAGUCUUACUCCGGUCUGUACGUACGUUGCAUCGUGGAAGCAUUGCAAACGCGGCUGUAAGUGACCAAUACCCGGUGCGGGUGGAUUAACGUAGAACCCACGUUAAGUUUUAGUCGCGUGGAUUGUGAACGUGUGCGAGUAUCAAAAAAACGGUGCCAUCGAAUACACCGCUACAGUGCGGAUUGCUAAUUGAAUUUAAAUCCAUAGUGUCCUCGUGCCAAAACGCGCGACCCAAAAGAGAAAGUCCAGCGGUAAUGGAUAAUCCGUGACUGAGUGGGAUGCAUUGGUUUGUGGAUCCACAUCGACAGACAGUUAGACAGACUGACCGACAGACUGUGUAGCACGUGUUCUGUACGGGCAAGUGCUUCCGGGAAAUUUGGCGUUCAAUUCAAUGCUACGAACCAUUGCCAAUAGUGGCCUCAGUCUGUCGCAUAGUUCAGUGCCGUGCCCACACUGUUCGCAAAAAGCUUCAAAGUUUGUUCGUAUGUUAGCCGCGCAAGUGCUUACCGUUUCCUCUCGGCCGUCCAAAAACCAUGGACCAACUGUGAUCCGAUCCGUUUCAAUUACACCGUGAAGCGCCAUGAAACUGUUACUCAAGAUCCACAACAAAGAGCGUCACUCGACGACAACUGCGGCGGUCAAUCUUUUCCAGCGGAAGCGUAAAUAUUAUCACCGUAGACAUUCGAAAUCAUCUUCCCCUGUACCGGGGACUUCUUUGCCUGCCUCCCAGCAGUCUGUUUCGCCUGCAUCAUCUACCCCGCCGCACGUGUCCUCAUCCUCUGGCUCAUCCCCGUUGACGUCAGCCGUGACCGGUGGUGUAUCGUGCAGUACGUUUGACGCAGAUCUGACGGCUUCCGGUGCGUCACUGGCCACACUCAUCUACGGUGGAACCGGAAGCUGCACGGAGCCGAACGCCUGCUCCAGCGAAAGACGCCCGCUAUUGCGGAAUUCCCCAUCACAGUCGUCGGCACGCAGUUACGCUAGUUCCUCCCGAUCCGGCCGCAACAAUCAGAACCGUGGGCUACCUUCAACGGAACCAUCGACCCUUCGACAGGAACGGUACUUCAUCUAUGGUGCGCUGAUAUUUUUCGCGAUCGUUGGAUUCUCAACCGCUAUCUACUUCAUCGUGAACCAGGUCCAUGGUCCCGUUGACAUUGAUCGGGAGAUACUGUUUGACAACAACUACCAGCGACGGACAAUGCCCAAUCUCGGCAACAGCCAUAUGAUCAUCGAACGGCGUAACUGGGGAUCGCAACUUGAGGCACAUGGUUCGGUCCAGCUGGAACAUCCGGUUGAGUAUGUGCUCAUUACCCACAUAGGCAUACCCACCAAGAACUGCUCCGGUAUACACGAAUGUUCGAACAGGAUGCGCAUGCUGCAGGAUGCAGCCAUCGGUGAGCGAAAUCUGCCCGACAUUCCUAGCAAUUUUUAUCUCGGUGCCGACGGAAAUGUGUACGUGGGACGCGGUUGGGAUAUUGCAAAUUCGUACCAAAAUCGAACACUAUCCGUGUGCUUUAUGGGAUACUUUGAAAGUUACGGCCCAAAAGAUAUUCAAAUGUCGGCUUUACAGCAUCUUCUCACAUACGGCGUUAUUCAGCGAAAGCUUGCCAACGACUAUAAGCUUGUAGCACGGCGACAGACCAAACCUACCACUACCAGUCCGGGUGAUCAGCUGUACGCGAAACUUAAGCGUUUGCCACGGUGGAAUCCUUGCGGUACGCAAGCAUACGCUCAUUGCGGGGCAGAACUUGGCUUUCCGAGCGUCUGGGACGAAGAGCAUAAUUUCAAUGAGCGCAAUGGAAUUCAAAAUCCGCUUCUAUUAUAUCGCAAAAACAUCGAAGAGGAAUGAUUACCGAGGGAAUUGAAAGAUACUUUUAUACCUUAUUUUAAGAUUUAUUAAUCGAUCAAUAAUUUAACAUGCGUAUCUAGUCAUAGUUUUUUUGUAAAUAUUUGUAAAGUACUUUACCGAUUAACGAUUAUGUAAUAAAAAAACGUGUUUUAUAGAAAUACUCAA